UUUUCUCUCAUACGCGCUCUGUCAUUCUCUCCCUCUUUCUCUUUCAUAUAAUACAUUCACAUUUGACUUCGUAAGUAUAUAUAUAAGUAGCGGUGAUGAUAUACUAACAAGACCAAAUUGCCUUCUAACUAGUGACUUUCACAAAGCUCACAAGGAGCUACAGCCUUAUUUUUCAUAUCAUUCUGUGUCUACCAUUUCUCAAUCUACCAUGGGAACUCAAGCACCCAAAGAUAUAGAUGAAAAUAUUCAGAAGCAAAAGGCACUUGAAGACUGGCUUCCAAUUAGUUCUUCAAGAAAUGCAAAAUGGUGGUACUCUGCUUUUCACAAUGUUACUGCCAUGGUUGGAGCUGGUGUUCUUAGUCUCCCUUAUGCCAUGUCCGAGCUUGGAUGGGGUCCUGGAGUAACAGUACUAGUUCUCUCAUGGAUAAUAACUCUAUACACCUUAUGGCAAAUGGUUGAGAUGCAUGAAAUGGUUCCAGGAAAACGUUUUGAUAGGUACCAUGAACUUGGUCAACAUGCUUUUGGAGAAAAGUUAGGUCUCUAUAUUGUUGUACCACAACAAAUUAUUGUUGAAGUUGGUGUAAACAUUGUUUACAUGGUCACCGGAGGAAAAUCUUUGCAGAAGUUCCAUAAUACUGUUUGUUCAGACUGCAAAAAGAUCAAGUUGACUUACUUCAUUAUGAUUUUUUCCUCUGUUCACUUUGUAUUGUCUCAUCUCCCCAACUUCAACUCCAUUUCUGGUGUUUCUUUGGCAGCAGCAGUCAUGUCCUUAAGUUACUCUACAAUUGCUUGGGCAGCAUCUGCUCAUAAAGGUGUUAUAGAAGAUGUUCAAUAUGGUUAUAAAUCCAAGUCUACAUCAGGAACUGUCUUUGGCUUCUUCAAUGCCCUUGGCGAUGUAGCUUUUGCUUAUGCUGGACACAAUGUGGUGCUUGAAAUUCAAGCAACUAUUCCUUCAACACCAGAAAAGCCGUCAAAGGGUCCUAUGUGGAGAGGAGUGAUUGUCGCCUACAUAGUUGUGGCUCUGUGUUACUUUCCGGUUGCUCUCAUUGGUUACUGGAUGUUUGGUAACAGUGUUGAUGACAACAUUCUCGUCACUUUAGAGAAACCUAAAUGGCUUAUUGCAAUGGCAAACAUGUUUGUUGUUAUCCAUGUUAUUGGAAGUUAUCAGAUAUAUGCAAUGCCGGUGUUUGAUAUGAUUGAAACUGGGAUGGUGAAAAAGUUGAAUUUCAAGCCUACCACAACACUUCGUUUCAUUGUGCGAAAUGCGUAUGUGGCAUUCACAAUGUUUAUUGCAAUUACCUUCCCAUUUUUCGGUGGUCUACUAGGAUUUUUUGGAGGAUUUGCUUUUGCACCAACAACAUACUUUCUACCAUGUGUCAUGUGGCUUGCAAUCUACAAACCAAGGAGAUUCAGUUUGUCUUGGUGGAGUAACUAUGUUUGCAUUGCUUUUGGCCUAUGUUUGAUGAUUUUAUCACCUAUUGGAGGAUUGAGGUCAAUCAUACUUAAUGCGAAGAACUACGACUUCUAUUCUUAAAUGCAUUCUCCUCCAUAGAAAAAAUAAUGGUAAAGUUAGGUGUGCAAAUGCUGAAAGGAAUCAAAUUGUGUGAAAGAAAUUGGUAAUCUACUGUGAAUGAGUGAUUUUUCCUUUUGAAGCUUCCAACACAUGCUUAUGAGUGGAGAAAAGUGGCCACAACAAAGUAAAGGGAAUUUUCUAGAAAGCUGUUUUAGUGAACUUGUUUGGUAUAAUUACCUAUCCUGCUUUUAUUAUUUAUAAAUUUCUUAUUUUUAAUUCUAUUGUAUUAAAAUUUACAAAUAACGUGCUUUGGGACUUAAUAAAAAAGUUAUUUCUUCUAUUAAGAGAUAUAAUUAUGAAAA